UAUAUCGACGCUUGAAAGGAAAAAUCGACUAAGCGACAAUUUGGCCGAUAUUGAGUUAUAUACAUCGUUAGGUUCGCAAAAAAAUCCCCCGUCGAUUGGUCUUACUCCCAUGCUUCUGUGAUGACUUUUGAUGUCGCUUAGAUAUCUUUCAGUUUGUUAAUUUUUUAUAGUUUUCGGUAACCAAGCGACUAAGUUUGUUACCCUUUAAAAAAAUAAUGCAUUUGGGACAUUUUUUCAUAACUGUUUUUGUACUUAGUAAAUUUCACAUGACUUCGAUUAAAAUUAUUUUGGAUUUUAGUCUACUUUUACCGAUUCCACGAAAAAAAAAAAAUUAGUUUAGCAAAUUUUACCUCUCAGAAAAUUGUUUAUUUUUUCGGCUUCCGCAUUUUUACCCUACCUUAAAUAUUAGCCAUUUGGCAUUUAGACAUUUUUUACCUGUUCUCAUUUACGUAAACAUGUCGUUUAGUAAUUUAUUCCUGCAUUUAUAUUAAAUCAUACAUGGCGCUUAAGAAAAUAUGACUUGCCGUUUUUUAUAUUAAUAUUGGCGCUUAGAUAUCUUUUGCGGGAAGAAAUUUUAAUCAAAAUUAUGGUUGUGCCUCCUGUACGUAGGGUGCGUUGUCGUUUGGACUUGACGCGAAUUGAUCUUAGUGUGGCUGUUAGUAACAAAACCACAAUCACUGUGCGACGAAUCGUCGUUUAGUGAGCCCGCGCGUCCCGUUUUCGCGCCACUUGGACACGAUCUUUGGUAAGUAUUUUUUUAAAUAUUAUUGUAAUUUUACUUGCUGUGUAUUAAUUAAACUAUAUUUUAUUAUUAUUAUUUAAAGCCAAUUUUAUAAAUGUUAAAUAGAUAUGUAUUAUUGUUUUAGAAUGAUGGAUCGAAGAAAUCGACCUUUGACGAAUGCGGGAAUAUCUGAAGUGGAAGGGAAUUUGGAUUCCGUUCCUUCACAAAUAUUUAGUACAGACGCUUAUAACGUAAAUAUGGAUGGUGACAAUUUAAAGCAGAAGAAGCAAGUACGCAAGAAACUUAUAUUUGAUAAUGAACCGAUCCUGUCAAGUUACACAGCAUCGUUACCGGUAGCAAACCAGUACGAUUUGAGCGUCAUCGGCCUCGACCAUGAAACUAUGAAUAAUCCUCCAAAAUUGCCAAGGUAUGAAGAUUUACCUGAUUCCUCGGACGAGAAAGUUAUAUCAGUAAGAAUAACAUCAUCAGUGGCCGUCGGUCGUGGCAAACCUAUGUAUAAGUAUCCAAGUAGUAAUGUAAAAGAACCUGUUCUCAAAGAUGAUCCACCUAAAGUUUCCGUCGAAGAAACACAAACUCAAAAAAUUGUAAGUAAAAUUGACGAGUUGAUGCAAACAGGAACUACAAGUCUACCACCAAAUCUAAUUGGUGCUAAUAUAGAAUAUCUCAAGCAAAUAAAUGCAAAAAAGGAAUCUAGAGAAAACAACUCAGGUCAAAUGUAUCCAAUGGUAUUACCGUUUAGAACCCAAAACAAUAAUGACGACGAACUCUUGAGAAAAACAGACGAAUACGAAGAAAGUAUCCUUGAUGUACCACUUGCUAGAAAAGUACCAUCAACAGCGGAUGCUAACAGAUUUGAAGAUCAGAGAUCAAUUCAAAGAUUUAGAAAUUCAGACACUAACCCGCCAAUCGAGUCUUAUUUACCAAAUCCAUAUAAUGAUACAACAAGAGCGGCAUUGUUUCAACCUUCUAUGGAACACGUAUCAGAAAGUAGCAGUAACGAUGAUCAAAUCGUAAAGAAUGUUACAACUAUUAACGAUGCACAAACAGAUCAUAAAGAAACCAGAGACACAGAUCUAUUGACUGCUAUUGGGCCAUUUAGGUCUAAUAAUAAAAAUGAUCAAAGUGACGACUCUGUAGCUGAACCGUCUAUAAAGUCAGUCGAAUUCGCGAAAUAUAACAAAGCAAUAGAAAACAUUCCACCGACCGCUUCUAUGUUACCAGGACAUUCCCCAAACAACCUUCAGGGUCUGACAAAUAGACCGUUAAACGAAGGACAAAAUAGCCCAAGAUUAACCACAGUUAGUUUUAAUAUAGUACACGAUACACCCAAAACCACUAAUGACAAUGAACCUAGUACCUCAUAUAUAAGUUCAAGUCAAGUGAUUGCUAAUUCAAAACAAUUUUAUGAUCCUCCCAAAAUUUACAGCCAACCGGCACAAAUAUAUAGUGAGCCAGCUAAGUUUUAUAGUGAACCAGCUAAAGUUUACAGUGAACCAGCAAAAAUAUAUAGUGAACCGGCCAAAAUAUAUAGUGAACCUGCCAAAAUUUAUAGUGAACCGUCCAAGUUCUACAGUGAACCUGCAUCUUUACACCUCAAUGAAAACGUUCCUUCAAGUAUAGCCCCUAACUACUCUCCGUGGCAAAGGCAACCUCAAACGCCCUUUGGUAGCAGUACUGUAAACACGACCCCAAUUAGUACUGUUACUAAUACAUUUCAACAAGAGACUACUCUAGAGCACCAGCCUGAGAAAAACUACGAGGUCGACGAAAAAAUCAGUGUAUUGACAGACGGACGUAGCCACGGCGUACAACCAGAAGCGAGCACAGAAAAGUGUAAACAGGAAAACUGUAAAGUAGGAUAUGUUCUUGAAGGGCGUCAGUUUAAGAAGUAUAGAGUAGAGGAAAGAACUCCAGAUGGGUUCAUAGUUGGCGAAUAUGGAGUGGUGAGAAACGAGGAUGGCGCGCUACGCGGCGUGCGCUACACGGCCGACAGCGACGCCAGCCCGCGGCUCAUACACGACGCACUCAUGAAGUUCCUACAGCUCACGUAGUUAAUUAAUACUAAUUGGUCCGAAUCCAAAAUAAACGCACACAUAACUUACUUGCUCAUUUAAUUAAGUACUUACAUCAAAUAUCAUAAUUAUAUGAAUAACCAACAAUAAAAGUACAUUUUAACAGUUUACUAUUAUAAAGACUGAAUGAUUAAAUAUAAUGCAAAUCCAUAUGUUUCCACUUUAGUACCUUCCACUUGUAUAGGUAAUUUUCGGGAACCCCUUAUAACGAGCGAAAAACUAAAUGAAAUAUUCUGUGUCUGCGCUUUCGAUGGAAUAAGUUUUAUAAAACUGUUGGAGUUGGUCCAUGAAAUAUUAAAAAUAACAUUCGAUUUUAUGGAACAACUUUUUCAUUAUGGGUGCAACUAUACUUUAGCGUCUUUAUGCUGGAAGAUGUAAGGAAUAAAUUAUGUCUAAAUUACUAUGGUGUAUUGGGAUUUGACCGCAAUCUUGUAGUUAUAAUUAAAAUAUAAGACAUAAUCUCGAUUUUUCUUAAUAUGUAUGUAGUAGUUAAUUCAUAAUUCUGGUGCCAUGUAUCCUCUGUAUUAAUACUACUUGGUAGCAGUUGUAGCAUCACUGUCGCUUCUAUGUUAACUUAAUCAAUUAUUGUAAAUAAAUAGGUAAGGAUACACGAUUAUGAUAUAAAUAUUAUUGAUGAACGAACAUGCAUCCGUGUUUCCAUUCAAUUUGCCCAAUCAUCAAAGUCAUUACUUACUCGAACCUAUUCACGAUAUGCAUGCUCUCCAUUGGACAAAAUUAUCUUCACUUCAAAAAAUACAAUAUUGAUAAACAAACAACAUUCAAAUAGUGUUUCAUUCAUUGCUUACAGGAAUAUUUGUCACACAUUAUAUCCAAGGUAAAAUUAAGUUGGAUUCAUAAAUAAGCAGUUAUUGAAGAACAAGUGUAAUGUAUAUAAAUACAAGGAAUAUGGUACUGUUUUACACAAUACAUAGGUCGUUAUAUGACAAUACUAGGUUAUAUGUUAACCAAAGUUGAUAGGUAAGUCGUUAUUUAAAUACAGUUUUAUAAAAAUAUACGUACCUACCUAAUUCGUUACGAUAUAAUGUUUCGAUACACGGUUCAAAUGGCCACAGUAGGUGACCAAGUCAUAACAUAGGGAUAUGCAACGAAUAACAUUUUAUAUUCUGGCCGACAAUAUUCAUUAACAUCUAACAACAGUGCUAUAAUUAUAUCUUACCAUGGAACAAAGCCACACGUUUAAAAAUCUAAUAUUUAAUAAAUAAAAGGGUAUUAAAUUAGAUGAUGCAGUGUCACUGGAUCGGCUGAUACAUAACAUUAACAAAACACAUUUUCUCAU